AUGCAAAUGGAGAACGAGAUGCAAGAGAGAGAAAAAAGGCAGGAGCAAGCGUUGCUGGAAAAGUCGCUUCGAGAGCAACAAGAGCAUUUGGAUCAAAUGGAGCAAAUGCGUAUGCAAUACGAAGCGAAGAUGGCCGUGGUGAAUGAAAAAUUGAAUACCUCUAGGAUAGCAAAGCAGAAACCGGUGAGAAAGCAAGAUUACGUGGAUCAUCUGAAAAAGAAAGCAAUGCAUGAAAAGCCAAGUGGAUCGAAGGUAUGCGGAAGCGGAAAGAAGCCGAAAAAACCCGAACCUGAGGAACUGGAUGAACGAGAAGGGAACUCAGAGGAAGAAAACGAGAAGUCGGGCGAUUCCGAAGUAGAAGAGAGCUCAGAGGAGGACAGCACGAAGUCAUGCGAUUCCGAAGAGGAACAGGAAAAUGAGGAAUCUGAUGAAUCGUGCGAAGAAGAAUCGGAAAAUGAAUCAGACGAAAAUGAGAGAGCAGCCAGUAGGAAAAGUAGCAGGAACGUUGUUCCACAUGGGCUGGGGCGGAAACCAGCGGGCCCGACAAAAGCACAACUAUCUGCGCGAAAUGGGAUCUCCCGAAAACUUCCAAUUUUUUCUGGAAAACCAGAAGAUUGGCCGUUGUUUAUUGGCAGUUAUGAAACGUCGAACGAGGCCUGCGGAUACAAUAACAUUGAGAACCUCGUUCGUCUGCAGGAAUGUCUCAAAGGACCAGCAUUGGAGAGUGUUCGAGGACAGCUACUAUUACCGAAAUCUGUCCCAAAGGUUAUUGAGAAGCUGCGACAACUUUAUGGCCGACCGGAGCAGUUGCUACAUUUCCACUUGGAGAAAGUGAACCGCUUGGACUCGCCACAGGCUGAACGAUUGGAGACGUUUAUUCCCUUUGGUAACGCUGUGGAGCAACUGUGUGAUCACCUGGAAGCGGCGAACUUGAUGCAACACUUGGUAAAUCCACUGUUACUACAAAGUUUGCUAGAAAAGUUACCUUCCUCAGAAAAGAGAGAAUGGGUCCGCUUCAAGAGCGCUAAGAAGAAAGUGAACCUGAGAACAUUUUCCAAAUUUCUUUCUCAAAUUGUAGCGGAGGUCUGCGAAGCUAACGCGGGCACCUCGAUGAAAGCUGGUGAUUCUCGUCCCGCCAAGGUUGGUAGAGGAGGCAUGAAGGAGAAAGGCGCUCUCUACAACCACAGUACACCAGCAAGUCCCAAAGAUAGCACACCUCUAGGAAAUCCUCCAGCUGGUGGCGUAAAGCCAUGCAAAGCUUGCAAACGCACAGAUCAUCGGUUGCGGUUUUGCCAAGACUUCAAGGCCAUGUCUUUCGCUGAUCGAAUGAAGGUCGUUGAGAAAGGAAAACUAUGUAGGGUGUGCCUGAAUGACCAUGGGAGAGCACCGUGCAAGUUUAAAAUCCGCUGUGACGUAGGUGAAUGCCACGAUCGACACAACCCUCUGUUGCAUCCGGGGGGGUCAAGGGUUAUGAUGAACACCCACUUCGAAGUUCAAGGCACAAUAAUCUUCCGGAUGAUUCCCGUGACAUUACACUCCGGAAAACGUGAGGUAAAAACGUUGGCAUUUUUGGAUGAAGGAGCGUCGAUUACGUUGGUGGAGCGCUCGUUGACCAACAAACUGGGCGUUGAAGGAGUGCAUGAACCGCUCACCAUCACAUGGACCUCCGACGUAACGCGCGACGAACGAAACUCAACAAAGAUGAACCUGUUUGUGUCUUCCUCCGGAAGUGAAGGAAAGCUGCUUCUGAAGGCAGUUCAGACGGUGAAACAACUUCUUCUGCCCAAGCAAUCGAUUGACGCCAUCGAAAUGAAUGCAUCGUACCGGUAUCUUCGCGAUGUACCGUUCACAUCAUAUUCAAGUCAGCGACCGGGGAUGUUGAUAGGACUGAAUAAUCUUCACGCCAUAGCACCGAUGAAUGCCAAGGUCGGUCAACCAGGGGAGCCAAUCGCCGUAAAGUCCAAACUUGGUUGGACCAUCUACGGACCGACGAAAAGGCGACAAGAAGUGCGGAAUUUUGUCGGAUAUCACCACCCAGUGUCCAACGAAGAUCUACACAACCUAUUGAGAGAGCACUACGCCCUGGAAGAGUCCGUGGUGGGUGUGUCGCAGGAGUCGGAAGAAGAAAAGCGAGCUCAGGAAAUUCUAGAGCGCACUACAGUCCGCGUAGGCGAUCGUUUCGAGACCGGUAUGUUGUGGAAAGUCGAGUAUCCAAAGUUUCCGAACAGUUACCCGAUGGCUGUGCGACGGUUAAAGCAGCUGGAACAGCGUUUAGGAAAGACACCGGAGUUGUUUGCUAAGGUACGCAUGCAAAUAGAAGAAUAUCAGCAGAAGGGAUAUACGCAUCUAGCGACACCGGAAGAGUUGGCAAAGUUUGACCCUAGUUCGUCUUGGUUUCUACCUAUCAGCGUCGUGCUGAACCCUAAGAAGCCUGGGAAGGUGCGAAUAGUAUGGGAUGCAGCCGCGAUGGUCAAUAGCGUAUCUUUGAACUCCCAGUUACUUACGGGUCCGGAUCUACUCACUCCUCUUCCGAAAGUUAUCAACCGAUUUCGCGAGCGUCCAAUUGGUUUCGGCGGCGAUAUUCGUGAGAUGUACCACCAGCUACGGAUUCGGGCCGCCGAUAAGAGCGCACAGUUGUUCCUAUUCCGGAAUUCUCCAGAAGAAGCACCUCGUGUAUACGUGAUGGAUGUCGCCACGUUUGGCUCGAAAUGCUCCCCGAGUCAAGCCCAGUUUAUAAAAAACAAGAAUGCUAUGGAAUUUUCCGUACAGUUCUCAGAAGCCGCCGAAGCGAUAAUAGAAAAGCACUACGUCGACGACUAUUUUGAUAGUGUCGAUACUGUCGAGAAAGCCAUCGACAGAGCGAAGGAGUGCAGUUCUCAAGGAGCUAGGCGAAGAGAAUGCGUCGCAAAAGUGCAUUUCAACCGCGAUAAGGAAACUGGAACUGAAAGGGUGCUCGGAAUCGUCUGGGACCCAACACAAGAUGAAUUCUCGUUCUCGAUGGAGCAUCGGCAGAACGUGAAACCGUAUCUGCUAGAAGGUGUGCGACCAACAAAGCGAAUCGUUCUAAGCAGUGUUAUGGGAUUUUUCGACCCGUUGGGACUGCUUACGCCAUUCACGGUUUACGGAAAGAUGUUGGUGCAGGAUUUAUGGCGAGCCGGCUGCGAUUGGGACGAUGAAAUAGAUGAUGGUGCCCUCGAUAAAUGGGAUCGCUGGACGGGGCUGUUGCCGAUGGUUACUGACGUUCGCAUUCCCCGGUGCUACUUUGGCAGAACACAUUCUUCGUCGAUUGAAUCCUUGGAACUCCACAUUUUCACCGACGCAAGCAUUCACGCAUACGGUUGUGCUGCCUACUUUAGAGCCAUCGUCGAUGGAAGAGUGAGGUGUUCGCUAGCAAUGUCUCGUUCAAAAGUGUGUCCACUCAAGUUGCAAUCUGUCCCUCGUCUGGAACUGAUGGCUGCAGUCCUCGGUGCGAGGAUGAUACAUACGGUAAAGAACAACCAUUCACUGCCCAUAGAAAAGCACAUCCUGUGGAGUGACUCUCAAACGGUGCUGAGCUGGAUUCGGUCUGAUCAACACAAAUACAAUCAGUUCGUCGCAUUCAGAAUUGGUGAGGUUGUGGAGCUAACGACGGCGGGUGACUGGAGAUAUGUUCCAUCGGAACAAAACAUCGCUGACGUUGUGACCAAAUGGGGACCCGGGCCACCGUUGUCAUCAGAUGGACCGUGGUUUAGUGGACCCGAGUUUCUACACUGGCCGGAGAGUAUGUUGCCGAAACAAGAAAAAGUGGAUUCUGACGAUCCGGAAGAGAUGAAGGCCUGUGUGUUAUUCCACCAUGGUUCAUUAUCAAGUCCGCUUAUCAACGUCCAGGUAACAACACGAUGGGAGAAGCUGAUCCGAAUUGCUGCGAACGUCUUUCGCUUCAUUGAUAAUUGUCGAAGAAAAAGUAAAGGAGAGCAAAUCCUAGUAUCGAAGGCCAACAAUUCGCUAGUGCGGCUAAUAAGGGGAGACCCAAGAAGCAUCGUACAGCCGCUGCGUCAAGAAGAGCUCAAGUUGGGAGAGUAUAUUCUACUAAGACAGGCACAACGCGACGGGUUUCCAGAAGAGGUGAAGAUAUUGGAAAUUAGAAGAGAUUACAAAGUGACGAGGAAAAUCGAAAAGUCAAGCUGGCUGUACAAGUUACGGCCGAUAAUCGACACUGAUGGUGUGAUCAGACUGGAUGGGAGAUUGGCCUUGGCAGAUGUGCUGCCUUUCGACAAGAGGUAUCCGAUCAUCCUGCCAAGACAGCACGACGUGACGAAGAUGAUUAUUCAGAACUACCACGAGAAGUUUGGGCAUGCAAAUCGAGAGACUGUCUUCAACGAGCUACGUCAAGGUUCUACAUUCCGAAGCUUCGAUCGUUGA